UUUAUUAGCAAGUAGAAUCUUGCAGACGAUUCAAUUUUCAAUGGCGCAGACAAUUUAGCUUUAUUUGAAGAAUGGGAAUUACUUUAAAAACUGCAAAUUCCAGCAUGCAAACAACGUUAUCUGAUCCGCGUGGAAGUGAGAAGGUCUGCAGGAUAUAGCCGGCCAAAUUUAACCAGACAGGGCAAUAUGGUUUUUUCAGAGUCAAUUAUCAGUCCAUGUUUCCCUGAAGAAAAUUGGGUGGUGGAAAUAAAGGACAUCCUGGAGAACAAUGGAGAAGCUAAAGAAGUUGUUGUCUCUGUCUUUGAAGUGCCUGAACAGCUACGUGCUGCCAAUCCUGUAGCUUAUGCUCCACAGCUGUUAGCCUUUGGACCGUAUCACCAUUUCCGGCCCAAGCUCUAUCAGAUGCAGAGGUUCAAAGUAGCUGCGGCGGUGAAAGCACAAAAGGAUUGGCUUGUUGUUGAUUUUCAACAGCUGGUUGCUCAAAUUGAGGGACUGGAGUUUCUUAUCCGGACCUGUUACCAAAGACAUUUAAACAUCCACGCCGAUACUUUGGCAUGGAUAUUGGCCAUUGAUGGUUUGUCCCUGCUCAAAGUGCUUCAUUCUGCUCUAUAUUACUACAAAAAUCUGCCUGGUUCGUUCGGGAAGAACCCUUUUGCUGAAUUUUCAGAAAGGACUCCAGACCUUGAUAUGAUCCUUAGAGACAUGCUAAUGCUUGAGAACCAAAUUCCAAUGAUAGUGCUGAAAGCAAUAGCAGAAAAGAGGCCUGGGUCUGAUAACCUCCAGAUUUUGGUUGACUUUUGUGAGACUCUCUCUCCGCUUCAAUUAACCUUCAAACCCUCAACUUCAGAAGUCGUCAAGCAUAAGCAUUUGUUAGAUCUCUUCUACCAAAUGAUCAUUUGUCCCAAAGAAGUCAUAAACACUUCUUCCAAGGAAGAGAAAGAGGAUGAGCUGCAGUUUUCAACAAUGGAGAUCCCUAGUAACCCGGAUUGUAGUGUCUUCAAAAAGCUCCUAGCUACGUUAUCUAAGCUACAAUUCCGCUUCGCAGCACUUCCUGAAAAGCUCAUGACAUUACUUCUCAGUUCGCUUGAACUACUUGGAAUAACCCCUCACGAUUUUUUCGAUAGGGACAGAUCUUGGAUUCCCACAGCCUCACAGCUAAACAAUGCAGGAUUGAAAUUCUCCACCUGUGACGGCAUCAAUCACAUCAAAUACGAUAACCAAACUCUCUACCUUCCUGUCAUCACCUUGAACUCAGCGCCUGACCCAGAAAACAUUCUCAGCUCGAAGCUUACUUCAGAAGUGAUACUGAGAAACCUAGUGGCAUAUGAAAGCCUGUCAAAGGAUAAAUCAGAGUCCUUGCCUUUCACUCGAUACACCCAAUUAAUGAAUGGGAUCAUAGAUAAUGAUGAAGACGUGAAUUUGCUGAAGAAAGCAAACGUUAUCAAAGGUGAUUUGUACAGUGUCGAGAUUGCCGGACUGUUUAAUGGGUUGAGUGAAUCCAUCGAGCCAAAAGACAGGGACAUAAACAUAGAUGAAGCUAUUACAAAAGUCAACCGAUACUAUGAUAACACACUGAGAGUGAAGACAAACAACAUCCUGAAGAAGUACAUAUAUUCCUCCUGGAGGUUUCUCACUUUUCUCGCCUCCUUCUUGCUCUUGGCUCUGCUUGCUCUGGAAACAUUCUGUGACUUCUACACCUGUCGGGUUAUGAGGUUUAAGGCAGCCUGAAUUUUGGUCUAGGAGGGGUUUUCUCCAUUGUCUUGGAUGUGGCCUUGCUUUGUUUCUUUUCCUUGUUUAAACUUCCAAAGAAUUCUUGUGCUUAAUGGUCCUUUCAUUUACUUAAUUAAGUUCUUGAUUUAGUCUUUGAAAACCCCCAAAAACAAAGGAAGAAGAAGAAGAAGUAGUUAAUGGUACUCUUGCUCAUAUUUAUUUUAUGGUAGCCUGUACUUCCCUAUUUGUUAACUUAGACGUUUCAA